AUGGUAUAUACGCGCCCAUCAACAAUGCCUAUCCCCACAAUCUGGCAUCGAUUCACCGUACGCAAGGGGGGUGUUCUCAUCCCCCUCCGUGUUCAGGACCUAACAGUGGACCUGGAAGAUCGCGCUCUUCAGUUGCUGGAAAAGUAUUUUACUAGAGACGAACCGCCUUGCAAGUGUAUCGGCAUCCAAAACCACCCAACAGCACUGUCGGAACUGAGCAAACUAUGGCGUACGACAAUACAAGACAAGUUAUCCCUGGUCUGUGUCGAAGAUAAAGAUAACCCUGCGGAACUCAUCGGCGUUAAUGCCCUGACUGUAGCCAGCCGCAGUGACAAGGAUGAGAUCUUUCAGAGUGAUGACAAAGUCUGGGCACAAGUCUUCGGUGCAGUAGACACAAUGGCUCGCAGCGUGGAUAUCUUCCAGCAUUUUGGGGUGGACCAAUACCUCACCGCUUACGGACUGGUCGUGGACCCAGAGUGGAGAGGAUUGAAUAUUGGGAAGGAGAUCCUUAUAGCCAGAAUCCCUUUGUGCAAAGCUCUUGGUCUAAAAGUGACAGCCACAGUGUUCACAGCUGGCGCCUCGCAAGCAGCCGCCAAAAAGGCGGGCUUCGAAACCCUCUCCGAGAUUACCUACGAUGAGCUGGCCAAGCGAGGAUACGUCUUCCCAGGUGUGCAGGAGGACACCAAGUCAUCUAAAUUGAUGGCUUUGAAAAUUGGUUAAAUAAUUACGGUUAGAGCCUAUGCAUGUGGGGUAUUUUGCAGACGACGCGCGUUAACGCGAUUUAAAUGAACCUUUGCACAAAAUGGGCGUCAUCUACGCGUGUACACACACUGUAUGGUGAUACCACAGUGUUACAAUAUCUUCCUCACAGUAGCGCAACGUCUUUGAUAUUCGGCGAUACUGCCGCCCGUGAGCGUGAUGGUACUUAUUACUUAUGUAACAGUAUUUACCAUAUCGCACUGCUAUUACAAUAGUGUUGUAACUCUAAAUAUGUGAAAUUCCAGAUUAUACUAUUGCUGAACGUAAAAUUUGAUUCUUUGCACGUCAGUAAAACCGUCGUUAGAAUAUUGUAAGAAACAAUUAAAAUAUAAUAUCUACUUAACUCAAAAUGAGACAAAGUUUUCGUUAGCUAGUUCUGUACAAAACAGUCCU